UCAGUCAGAGCGUGAUUCUAUUUGCCCUAAAUUGACAUGUUGACUUCGCGGGCCAAGCAGUUUAUAACUCUGACAGAUCAGGACCAUGUUGCCUAAAUAUAUAUAUAUAUAUAUACAUACACAUACACACAGUAAAUAUAUGGUGUCUAGAUUAUUAUGAACGAUUGUAUGUACACACAAUACAAAUAUAUUUACUCAUAAUACUACUAAUAAUUAGUAGUAAUAAAUCACUGACUGACAAAAUCGAGUAACUUUAUUACUCUUAACGCGUUUAUGAGCAGAAACUUAAAAAAAUAUUAACAUGAGCUCAGCUAAUUUAGAGUGACAUUGUAAUUUAUACAAUUUAGAAGAAAAUAUAAACUCAUUUAGGAAAACAAAAAUUUAAUUAAAUUAUGCACCUGGAAAAACAAAUUCAAAAUAGGUUUAUCAAUGACAUAGGCUACGUGACAGGGUGAUAUUAAAACAAUUCAAAUAAUAAAAUGCGCCUCGUUAUUGCAAACACACAGAGCACAAUAAACCUUUUUGUUUGUUUGUAUAAAUCAUGUUAAUAUUAUUGAAGACGCGUAAAUAGCCUACUGCAAUGGGGAAAAAUGUUUAAAGUCGUCGUCAUAUUUCAGACUUAGCGUGCAUAUUUCUCCUUUCUCGUAGUUUUGAUGAAGGUCUAAAUAACCCUUUUAAAUUCCAGCACGCUCAUAUUUCAUUCUCAAAGCCCCAUAAAACAUGAACGCGCCUCUUCAACAAAUGAUCUGUGUUUCUCAGCUCCUACAAUUCACACAGAACCAGGCGUAUGUAGGCAUACACAACAUAUUGUAUAGCCUACGAUAAAUUACAUGGUACAGAUUAAAACGUUAUAUUUUUACUGUAACGCAAAUACACGGUGAAAUGAACACUUGGUUUGUAAAGUGUGGCUACUGCAUUGAUGAUGAAUGAGGGUCUAUUGACAGACGCUUAUCAGAGCUGGAGAAAUGUCUUUCUGAAGCGAUGCUUGUCGACUAAACAGUGAGUUAGAUAUUAUCAGCAUCACUGACACUUAAUGAACUGAAGAGAGAGAGAGAAUCACUGAUACUGUCCACGACUGAAUUAAAUAAGACAUGUCAGUACACUCGGAAAACUUCAUAUACAUUUAAUUCUAAAUAAUUGUCUUGCAUCCAUGAUGCACAUACUGUGUCAUUUAGCCUUUUUGUUGUUACUCGGUUAUUUUUAGUAACAUCCCAGCAUGUAACAAUACUAAAGAUGUAAAUGUUAACAUUUAAAAAAUGGACCUGACAUGAUAACAGUUUUACAAUUAUUCCGUACCCGAAAUAACAGACGAAUGCUGUAAAUAAUUAGCUUAGCGUGCACGGAAAAAAAGAAACAAACGUAAUUUUCAAACCUCUUAUUUUUUGAAGUUUUAAUAAGCCGUUCAAACGAAUCACAUAAACACAAAAUAUGUUUCGUAUUUUGUCACAAGUUGCUCCAAGAAAUCACCGUGUAAUCGAGUUUUUACACUUUAAAGUUGUUGAAUAGUUUUUUAACGAAACAGAAUAAUAAACGUUUGUCCUAAAUAAAAAGCGAGCAGUAAAAUGUGAUUAUACAGCAGGUUAAUGUACUUACUGUCAGCUGUAAUGGCUCAUACAGUAACGCGUCUGUUUUGUCAAAUGUCGAAACAAUGAUUUCUACAGUCAGGCGCGUCAUUAAUGGCGCUACAAUACGCGCUUGAUGGACUGCGGCUUUGUCCCGAUGAUGCGCAUGCAAAUGCCCCGCCCGCGUCCUCCAAUCAGAGAGCGGCGUCCCUUCGCUUCUUCCAAUAGGAGACGCGCGGUCGCAGGUGGCGGCGCGGUUAUCAGCUCUUCCCGUUGCGCUCGCACCACAACCACAGUCCAGCAACGCGCACCCGAUGUUCAGAUGCGGGCCAUUCAAGCGCUCAACCCGGGCGUAAAAUCUCCCGACUGCCGCCGAGUGGAUUCCGCUUCAGGACGCGCGUGAAACACCGUGGGACGCCUUUUGCUUUUGCUUGUGGAAAGAGUUGAAAAGUUGCAAGAAGUGCUUCCGUCGCCUUGGAUAAGUUGCGCUCAGCAAACUUCGCGUGCACGCUUGCGCUUUUUAUGCCUUUUCUUUCACGCCUCGUCCCGGUUCGCUCGUACCCAUGUUAGCGGUGGGGCAGAUGGACACUAACCGGCAGAGCGCGUUCGUCCUGGGCAGCACCCCGCUGGCAGCGCUGCACAACAUGACCGAGAUGAAGAGCUCGUUAUUCCCGUACACCCUGCAGAACCCCGUCGGGUUCAAGACUCCUCUGAGCAAUCUGAACUCUCAGUUCGCGCUGGGAACCCCGCAUGGAAUAAGCGACAUAUUGGGGAGGCCCAUCACUUCAGCUGGACAGCUGCUUUCGGGCUUUCCCAGGAUCAACGGCCUGGCCACAUCGGCCGGGAUGUACUUUAACCCCGCGGCCGUGUCCCGGUAUCCCAAACCCUUGACGGAGUUGCCCGGGAGGGCGCCUAUCUUCUGGCCUGGAAUGAUGCAGGGGUCGCCCUGGAGAGACCCGCGGGUGCACUGUCCGGCAAACAUGAUGUUGGACAAGGACGGCAAGAAGAAACACUCCAGGCCAACAUUCUCAGGACAGCAGAUCUUCGCCCUGGAGAAAACCUUCGAGCAGACCAAAUAUCUGGCCGGUCCAGAGAGAGCUCGACUCGCCUAUUCCCUGGGAAUGACCGAGAGUCAGGUCAAGGUUUGGUUUCAGAACAGAAGAACUAAAUGGCGCAAGAGGCACGCGGCUGAAAUGGCCACAGCCAAGAAGAAACACGAUUCAGAGACAGAGAAGAUGAAGGAGAGCUCGGACAACGAGGAUGAUGAUGAAUAUAACAAACCUCUGGACCCAAACUCCGACGACGAGAAGAUUACGAGACUGUUAAAAAAGCACAAAGCCAGUAAUGUGGGUCUGAUCAGCCCGUGCAGCAACAGCUCGGACACUUUGUGAUCAGAUCAGAGACUCUUUCUGGAGAAAGCAGGGUACAAACACACGGAGAGACUCCUUCUCGUUUACUUUCAAUGCAACUGUACAGUUAGACGUGUACGUGAGAUGUAUAUAUAUUUUUUACUAAGUAAAUUAUGUUAUUAAACCUUCACGAAGACUCUCCACUCAUCCUCAUACAGGCUGAAGAUCUUUUUCUUCAGUCGCAGAAGAAUAACGACGCCUAAGUUUGACAUUUGUUUUUUAUUUCAGAAGCAGACACAGAAUGUGUAUAAAGGCAGUGUUGUAAAUAAUGUGUAAAGAUUUUUGUUUUGAUGUCCUUCUGGCCGCUUUUUCUUUCAGUGAAGGAGUUUUUGUUUGAUCUCUCAACACGAAGAACAGACACAGAUGGACAUUAAAUAUCGGAUGAAGAGAAUAUUAUUGCUUCCGCGCUGAAGGAAGAAAAAUAAACUUUGUAUUAUCAAUAAAUUAUUUAACAAGCCAAUCUUUUAAAUAUGUCUUGUUCAUUUAUAAACAAUGUGAUUUACCGUGUUUGAAGCGCUUUUGAAAGAAUAAAUAUCCGUUUUAGAUAUUUUCGAUAAACAAGUUGUUUGUCCGCCUGUAAAUGUCUAAUCGCCCUAUAAUAAUAAAACAACAAUAAUAACAGUUUAUUACUACACAUAUUUAAAAAGUAAAUUCUAAAUGAAAAGCGCAUUUUAUCCCAAAUCUUAAUUAACAAAAUAUCACUGUAAUAGAUUCAUUUGUUUCAUUGGUCAAAUCCAGAUUUUAUUUCUGUGAGUGCUAAAUGUAAUUCUAUAAUUAAUUAUAGUUCACGAUUUUUCUAUUUUGCCAGAGUUCAAUAUUUUAUAGGGUGUUUUUAUAAUUGUCCAGGCUAAACGUUAUUUAAAUAACAAAUUUCGCCUUUUAAUACAUGCGUCAUUUGUUUCUCGUUACUUUGCACAUUUUGCUCAAUUUUGUAAACAUAUUCGUAGGUAGUCAUUUAAUCCUCACAAUAUACCAAACAUGUUUUUUUUACUGUAUGUUUAAAACUAAAUGUUUAAUAAUGUCCAUUUCGCUCAUUUAUGUGAAAGUAAAACAUUCUGUCACAGCAAGAAAAAAGUUUAUUCAUAGGAUUAAUUUUAGCAGUAUAAUAUGAAUACAUAACAUAAGAAUAAUAAUAUGAUGUCGAAGAUAAAGGGUUGUGAUAGAUUUUGUGGUGUUUGAAAAAAAACAUUUUUGUUGUAUUCAGGCGUCGUCCGGCUACACAGAUGUGAAAAUGUCAAAGGCUGUAAACUUUUGAGUGUCAGUGGGAAACGGAUGUGAUAAACACUCAUUAAUGACUUCUAAUGGUUUUAUUGCUUCUGGAGCUCUAAUAUCUACUGUAUCUGCUUAAAGAGGACAGUGGAUUUUACCGGCUGACCUGUGGGGAAAAAAACAGGUUAACAAGCAGUUUUGUCUUGACCAAAUCACAGUCAGGGACACAAAAUCAUUCCCACUGAGGUGAUUUACAAAUCAAGAAUCAAUCUAAUGGAUUCAACUCUGUAGUGUGGUGAAUGAAAUCAAUAGAGGAAAGGUUUAAAGAGCAGAACUGCUCACACACUGGAGGACAUCAUCACACUUUACAGUGUUCUUAUUACACACGCACGCACACACAUCUUCAUAUCUCUAAUGUCUCCUGCUUCUGUAAUGAAUCACAUCAAUGUGUAACAUGGGCACUAUAAAGACUUUCCUCCUGGUCCUUAAUGUGAGAAGAUUUUUCUCUUAAAGCUAGACGGCACAAUGUCAUCAUAAUUCAAUCUCUAUGUGUUCAAUAGUUGGCACAAUAACAUAGCGACAAAAAUAAUCAUUUAAAAAAAACAAAAGCAAAAAAGAUACCC